UGCAAACCCAAAUCCUCUCUCACUCUCCCUCUCUCUCUAGGGCUCCGAUAAACUUCACACAACAAAACACUCAACACAGAAAAGAAGAAGAAACAGAGAAACCCUAAUUCCCCCAACGACGUCGUUAGGGUUUUUGAAACAGGAGAAACUCGCAACCAUGGACGCCGACGACGGACAAAUGAUCGACGAGAUCUAUUCCAACGGCGGUGACGAUUCGCAGCGUCACAGACCAAUCAUAAGCGGCGAACAGCUUGACAUCGAGGCCUACGCAGCUUUGUACAGUGGCCGAACCAAGAUAACGAGACUUUUGUUUAUUUCCGAGCGAUGCGACAACGUUUCGAUGCAGUUGGAGGCUUUGAGAAUGGCCUAUGACGAGAUCAAGAAGGGUGAGAAUACCCAGUUGUUCAGAGAGGUUGUUCAGAAGAUCGAUGGUCGGUUGGGACCCAGUUAUGGGCUUGACUUCUCUUGGGCCGAUUCUGUGGACCGACGGGCAGAGCAGAGGAAGGAAAAGCUCGAGAAUGAGCUCAAUGCUUAUAGGACAAAUUUGAUCAAAGAAAGUAUUAGAAUGGGAUACAAUGAUUUUGGAGAUUUUUACUAUGCUCACGGUGCACUUGGGGAUGCGUUUAAGAAUUAUGGCCGGACUCGUGAUUAUUGCACCACUUCGAAGCAUAUAAUUCAUAUGUGCUUGAACGCAAUUUUGGUCAGCAUUGAGAUGGGUCAGUUCACGCAUGUUACAAGCUAUGUUAGCAAGGCAGAAUCAAAUCAAGAUUUGGAUGCCAUUACAGUUGCAAAACUGAGGUGUGCUGCCGGAUUGGCUCACUUGGAAGCUAAAAAGUUCAAGCUUGCUGCCCGGAAGUUCUUGGAAACCAGCCCAGAAUUAGGCAACCACUACACUGAAGUGAUUGCUGCCCAGGAUGUUGCAACAUACGGUGGACUUUGUGCACUUGCAAGUUUUGAUCGUGCUGAGCUGAAGGCCAAAGUUAUUGACAAUAUUAACUUCCGGAAUUUUUUAGAGCUGGUACCUGAAGUAAGGGAGCUUAUUUCUGAUUUCUACUCAAGCCGCUAUGCUUCAUGUCUGGAUUAUCUUGGAAAUCUCAAAGCAAACCUGUUACUUGACAUCCAUUUGCAUGACCAUGUAGAGACCCUAUAUGAUCAAAUUCGCAACAAAGCUCUUAUCCAAUAUACUUACCCAUUUGUCUCCGUUGAUUUGGGCAUGAUGGCUAAUGCUUUUAAAACAAGCGUUGCAGGACUGGAGAAAGAACUUGAAGCUUUGAUCACUGACAACCAAAUACAGGCACGGAUCGACUCACACAACAAAAUUCUGUAUGCACGACAUGCAGAUCAGAGAAACACCACUUUUCAGCGGGUCCUGCAAACGGGCUGUGAAUUUGAUCGUGAUGUCAAGGCCAUGCUCUCAAGGGCAAGUCUUAUCAAGCAUGAUUAUAACCUUAAAGCAGCAAGGAAACUUUGAAGUAUGGUACUGAAGACAGUUAGAAACGACCGAGGUUUUUAAAUCAAGGUGGGUUGGUACAAAUAGCAUGGUGAAGAGAGCAGUUCAACCCUUUAACCGACGUCGUUUCACCAUGUUCGAGGACAGUAUGUUCAUGCAAUUAUAGGCAAAAUAUUUUGAAAAGUAGUUGUUUAUAUACUCAGUUGAUUGCCUCAUGUGGAAGCCCUCAGUAUAAACUUUCCUUGUUUCAUAAAUCUUGUGGCUGCUGCUAUGUCAUUCUUUUCUGGUAACUUUUGUAAUGCCAGUGCAUUACAGUGGUACGUUUUUCUACUCACGCACUAGACUAAUGUUGUACCCCGUAAGACAUCUCCCCAUUGGAUUGGGUAAGUACAAGGGCAGUGGCCCCAAGGAUAUAUAGACACUUGUGAAUAUUUGAACCCCGAACUUAACUAACCCUUCAGUAAGGGGCAUAGCUCCUCUAUUGUAUAUCAAAGGUGUUGUUCUGACGCAGUUUUACAUGUAGAACGACAUUGUUUUGUAUGUAAAAUGACGUCAUUUUGAAAAUGUCAGUCUCCUGUUGUAUAGUAGAGGAAUUGGACCCUUUGUUAAGGCGUUUAUCAAGAGAUUGAGUUGUACUAGGCUAACUUUUUGGGAUUGACCCACGUAUGUUUUUCGAAGAAAAUGUGAAUUCAUGGAUUUAACUUACUCGUAAGCAUAAAGAAGAAAGAGUCAUUAACGAACACGUGUUGCUGACAAAUAUUAAUAAUUUAGAAAUUCAUUUAAUUAGUAUUUUAUAAAAAUAAAUAUUUGAUUUAUUUUUUAA